AGCUCGCAAACACAGGCGGAACAUCCAUUUGGAAAGUAGACAAUAGGAGCAGGAAAGAGUAUCUGCGUGGUGCAGCCAUGAACGUCUUCCGACUGACUGGAGAUCUCUCGCACUUGGCGGCAAUCAUCAUCUUGCUGCUGAAGAUCUGGAGAAGCAGGUCGUGUGCAGGUAUCUCUGGAAAGAGUCAAAUCCUGUUUGCGAUUGUGUUCACCACACGCUACUUGGACCUGCUGACCUCCUUUAUCUCGUUCUACAACACAUGCAUGAAGGUGAUCUACAUCGGCUGUGCGUACGCCACGGUCUACCUGAUCUACGCCAAGUUCCGCGCCACUUACGACGGAAAUCACGACAGCUUCAGGGUGGAGUUCCUGGUCGUCCCCGUCGGGGGUCUGUCCGUCCUCAUCAACCACGACUUCUCCCCGCUUGAGAUCCUGUGGACCUUCUCCAUCUACCUGGAGUCGGUGGCCAUCCUCCCUCAGCUCUUCAUGAUCAGCAAAACGGGCGAGGCGGAGACCAUCACCACCCACUACCUGUUCAGUCUGGGCCUGUACCGGGCCCUCUACCUCUUCAACUGGAUCUGGCGCUUCUACUUCGAGGGCUUCUUCGACAUGAUCGCCGUCGUCGCCGGCGCGGUCCAGACCAUCCUCUACUGCGACUUCUUCUACCUUUACGUCACCAAAGUGUUGAAAGGCAAGAAACUGAGCCUGCCGGCAUAAGAAGGUUGGCGGCAGCAGACCCAGCGCGCGCCCAGAUUGAAACCACGGAACGUCAUGAGCUUCCGGCAAAAAGGAUACAUACGCCUGAGACAAGAGAGCCAACUUCACAGGGAAAAACACUAUUGAUGAUCAGCGAUGGAAGUGGUCCACGCCCACCAACACCACAGCUGAACUAAGGUCCUUCCAAGGUCCACCGUGGGAUUUCUGCGUUCUUCUUGCCUUCAACUUCUUUGCAUUGCUGUCCAAAUAGAAGACAGGCUCCUCCCCCCUCCCCCAACACAACCCGAGGUGCAUAUGCUUUUUCUUUUUGUUUGUUUGACAAUGUCACAAAUUGGGCAAUAACCUUGUUAAGGGAAUGCACAAAUGUACAGUCUUAGUAAAACAAAAAAGAGUGCCUGAUGACAGUUAUUGUCCUCACAGUAUUUUUUUAAUUGUAAUACAUGUAUCCCGAACACAUUUCUGCUCUAUAAGAAACAUAUUUUCAUAAUGACACAACCCACAUAUUUAACUGCACUCCAUCUCUCUUAGUUGUGUACUGUAGUUCCAGUUCAACUAACCCUGUGAUUAUUUCCACUUCAAAUGAAAGUAUCAAUCGUGCAGCAAGUCAGGAAUGGCAUUUUUCAUUUAGAAAUCACUGCUCAGUAGGAAUAACUUAGUAGCUUUCCAAAGGGUUAUUGUUUUGUUUUUUUGCAUAUCACCUCCAUUAAAGAUUUUAUGACAAUUGCCGUAGACUGUUG